AUGGAUACAGAACUUCUCCAGCCUAACUUCAACCCAACAAUGGACGACUUCGCCGUCGACGAUAAUUCCGACUACGAUUUCAGUUUUACCAGCACCACCUCCGCCGCCACCGACCGGACUUUCCUCUCCAGCGCCCGUAGCAGUCUAGCCCGUACCAGCCUUAAUCUCAGCUUCAACGAAUCUCGCCUUUCCACCUCCCUAUCAUUCUCUUCAUCUUCUUCCUCAACCACAGCCGCCGCCACUAACCUCCACCUCCGCCCUCACCGUCGAUCUGAUCCUCAUUGGUCGGCCAUCAAAACCGCCACCACCAUUUCCUCUGACGGAAACCUACAUCUAAGCCACCUCAAGCUUCUACGCCACCUUGGCACCGGAAACCUAGGCCGUGUUUUCCUUUGCCGACUCCGUGAUAACGAACAUGCUAACUUUGCUCUUAAGGUUGUCGAUCGGGAUUCACUUUCUUCAAAGAAACUUUCCCAUGUUAAAACAGAGGCUGAAAUCUUAUCCAUGCUUGACCACCCUUUUCUUCCUACACUCUAUGCUCAUCUAGAGGUCUCACACUAUACAUGCUUACUUAUAGACUAUUGCCCAAACGGAGACCUCCAUUCCCUCCUCCGUAGACAACCGGAAAACCGCCUGCCAAUUGAGUCAGUUAGAUUCUACGCAGCCGAGGUCCUGGUGGCACUCGAAUACUUACAUUCACUCGGUAUAGUUUAUCGUGAUCUGAAACCAGAAAACAUCCUUCUCCGAGAAGAUGGGCAUAUCAUGUUGUCCGAUUUCGACCUGGGUUUUAAAUCUGACGUCCAGCCAAGGCUGGAGAGUCAGCGGCGGCAGCGUUGCCGCCGCCGCCAGAACUGUCUCUUCCCGGAAAAGAACAACAAAGAAGAGGAAUUGGUGAUCACCAAAUUCGUUGCAGAGCCUACAACAGCUUAUUCACGAUCGUGCGUUGGUACCCAUGAGUACUUAGCGCCGGAAUUAGUCACCGGAGUUGGCCACGGCAACGGCGUGGACUGGUGGGCGUUUGGGAUUUUCUUAUACGAGAUGUUGCAUGGAACUACGCCGUUUAAAGGAGGAAGCAAAGAGGUUACUUUACGAAAUAUAGCAUCGAACAGAGGCGUGAUGUUUCGGCCGGAGGAUGAAUUAUUACAUGCAGGAAAGAAUAUGGGGGAUGCUAGAGAUUUGAUCGAGAAGCUUCUAGUGAAGGAUCCAAAGAGACGGAUGGGGUGUAUUAUGGGUGCAACGGAUAUAAAAGAACAUCCUUUCUUUAACGGUGUUAAGUGGCCGUUAAUCCGUAUGUACAAGCCGCCGGAAGUACGAGGAAUCACGGUGUCGUCCACAAAGAAGUCAAAAUCCAUGAAGAUGAUUAGCAACGGUCCGGUAAAGAGAAACCGUUUGUUGUUGAAGGGCUUAAGUUACAUAAUGAGGAAAACUAAAGGAUCAAAACACAAUUUGACAAAUUCCAACAACUAUUACCGUUGCAGCAGUAACAUUUGAGAAACAUGAUCUGGUAAAAAAAAAAUAGGAGAGAAAGAAAGAAUUACAGAUGAUGAUGAUGGGAUUUCAUCUUCUUUUUCUAAUUUGUUUUGUUUUGUUUCACAUUGUUGAUACACAUUACACAUAACAUGGUGUAUAUGGGAAAUUAUAUAAAUCAUAUCAAUACAUAGUUUGAUUUCAGUUCA